UCGUGCAGCUCGCAGCAGUGGUCGCUCGGAUCGCCAUUACGUUUUCGCGUUGUAACACUGGAUCUAAAACGUGUGUGUUUGCUUGCAACGAAAAAUCGAAAAUUUGGGCCUGCACCCUUCCGGGGACCGGUCAAAAGUUGCACCGAUCGGUAGUGGAUAUUGCAGUGCUUCCGGUACGCGUGAAGUUAACCAGUGGAAAUAUUCCGUAUAGUGGAAAAACAGUAACAUAAAAGGCGUUGGAAAAAUUUUCGCUCUAUCGGUGCGGUUUCAGAAGGAGGAUUUUCUUCUUUUUCUCUUCUCCCGGGAGUGUAUGCGGCUGAUUUGUCGAGCAGCAGUGUGAAGCGCGCGGGGAAUAGUAGUUACGUACGGUGAUAUUCAUUUUCGAUCACGGAAAAGCAACUCUUUUUUUAUUUGAUGCAAUAUCGGUAGUGAAAAGAACUCAUCAUUUGCUGAAACAUCAUUCGUAGAACGAAACGGGAAGAGCCCCGGCAGCAGAAGCGGAUUUUUCCGUGAUCCAAGCGGGGUGUUCUGUCAGUGUGUGUGAGUGCGUUCCCUGAAGAAAUGGGUGGAAAUAAACAGGAGCACUAGCGCUACUCGAGCAGCUGCACGGUGCUCAUUCUGUGGAAUUGUGUUGUAUUUCUGCCGAUUCAUUAAGGAUUUCGUCAUUUCUCGUUGUGAAACAAAAAAAUAAAUAAAAGGCUAACAUAAACAUACAGAGGUGAUGUGUUCCAAUACAAGGGAAUAUUUCCUGUAUGUAAACAAGGAGAAUUCGAAAGGAAGAUUUAAAUAUUUAAUGCUCCUUGAUUAGGGCAUCAAGAUUUGAGUACAGUGUACGGCUACGGUACACUACAAUCGUAUUGGAUUACAUUGAGGCAAAUGCUGAAACGUCGUUUGGAAGUAAAUACGCGAAAAAUCUACAUAGAACUCCACUGGAUAUCGCAGUAUAUUGAUAAAAUUUAAACAAUGGACGACGAAAAUGGAGCUCCAAUCAAAGAUACAACAACUUCUUCCGAGGAACACAUUCACGAGACCACAUCCCCUCCACAGAAUCCAUCGGAUUGUGUUACACCUAAGUCAGCAAAAACAACCGACACAAUUGAUCCAUCCGUCGAUGCGCCUGAUCCAGUCGCCGCUUCCGAUGGCAUCAGUGACGCAUCCGAGUCUGGCUUAUCUUCUCAAGAGGUGGAUAGCAGCAGUGCAGAGACUGCCCCGGAUAACACAGUGCAUGAGCUAGGCGAUGAAGAACAGCGUCAAAAGUUACAGGAAACCGAGGAAUCCGCCAACAAUGAAUCGCCCGAAACUAUUGCUAUCAUUGUAGAAGAAGAGAUACAGCGGGAAUCUACUCCGCCGUCUCCAGAGUCAACAAAUGUUGAAGAACCUCAACCGGAAGUGGACCCACGAAACGAAGACCGUCGGUCACUGAACGGUGAAACAGAUUCGGUUGAGGCACAAGACGAACCGUCGGAAGAAUGUAGCGAGAAAGCGAUUGGUUACAUCGAAGAAUCUAGUGAAUCGAUCGCUGUUCCUAUGGAAGGUACGGACGCUGAUGGCACACAAGAACAAAGAGAUGAUGAACAGUGUCAGGAAGCAGAAAAGAAUGAAGGGGAGGAAGAAUAUCAAGAGCAAAAGGAGCAACUAGUUGAUGUUUCGUGCGAUACCGCGAGAACGAAACAUAAAAUAAACGGCAACAUUACUACAAACGAUGAUUCAGCUUUGGUUGUGGCGAAUGAUAGUCAACGAAGUGACCAGCUUGAACAACACAUUUCAAAGGAGUAUCCUGAUGAUUUUCCGCGAACCGCCGAAGAAAAAUCCGCAAUGAGAAUAGAAUCUCCGGGGUGUGAAGUUGAUGAAACGAGCAGCGAGAAGGCGCCCGAAAGUAACGAUUUAGAAACAGGUGUAACAUCAUCCGAGAAGUGUGAAAAUAUGGAUGUUGGGGAUCCAUGCGAUGGAAGUAGGACUAAUGAUUCCGAAUUGAGUGAAACGAAGUCGGAAGGAACGCCUGAUAUUGUGAUGGGUCAACAGAAUGAUGAGAGUGACCGAAACGUGGGGUGUGAAGAUGAACCAAAUAAUCCGGAAGAAACAAUAGAGCCGAUGGAUAAACUGCAAAAUAAUGCUUUGGAUAAAGGAAUCAUAAGCGAAUGUACUGAAUCACCCCAACUGAAUGGAGAGGUUUCACAUGAAAGCCCGAUGGAUUCAUGCGCUGAUCCAGUGGACGAUAGCGAGCAUAAAACACUUAAACGAAUGCUGUAUCGCACAAGCAGCACAGACUCUCAGGAACCCUCCAGUAAGCAACAGAAACUGAGUGACAGUGAUCUUGAAGAUGAAAAACUGGAAGCAGCGGAUGUACAACCGCCAAUCAAUAUCCAUAAAACCAUACUGGAUACAAAGAUGGUUGAGGUUAACGAAAAGUUGGACCAAUCCGUUGAUUCGGGUAAGUCAACGCUCGAGGAUAGUAACGAGGAGGAAGCGGCGGCACAGACUAGCAAUCCGAACAUCGAGAAAGAACAAAGUGAUCCUCACUCUAUGAAAGAAGAUAACAUAGAGGAUGACGACCUGGACGAUGAUAAAUCGAGCAGUAGUACUUCAUCUAGUUCUUCGAGUUCAAGCUCGGACUCCGAUAGCUCUGAUGAUGAGAUGAAAGAGGAAGAAGAAAUAUCAGCUGUCCGAACAGAAGAUGCUGAACGUGAAGUAACGAAUGAACUUCCAAAAGCGAUUAGUGAGGAGAAAAUUUCAAAUCAUGCCGCAUCAGUGAAGCAUACUGACGUCGAGAUGGAAGAAAGUGACAGUAAAUCACGACUUGAAAUAGAUGAUUCGUUCAAUCACACCUCAGAGGAAGAGGAAGAAGGCAAUGGUGAGGUUGACGAUGAAAACGGGGCAACGAUCACCAGAAGUGAGGGACUCAAGUUAUCAAUUUCAUUGAAAAGACCUAUUUCAGACGAAAAAUCCAAGGACAUAGUUGAAGAGUCACAUCAAGUCGAUCCUCCUGUCCAACCGCAGCCAGUCGAUUUUAGUAAUUUUCUGAAGCAAGAGAAACUUCUCGCCGAACGUUCGGAGCUUGUUAAAAUAGAGUAUAAUAGCAAACCAACAAUGCACAACAUAAGUGAACAGGUUGAACGAAUGGAAACGGAGAAUGUACCCUCAGAACCCAACCCUCCGGGUGGAUACAGCCUGUUGAACAACCAGUUGAAGACUAACUAUGUAGGAGUCAGCUCGAAUGACUUUCUAAUGGAAGAAUCUUCCGAUACACUGGACGAGGAGAACAGAUUAGUCAUCGCGGAGAAACAAAGACGAGGCCGGAAAAAGGACAACUCCCCAACGAAACAGCAACAGUCGUUUCAACCACUUCAAACAUGGCAACCUGCGUUGCGAGAGGCUAUGCAACCUGGUCCGGUGCGAUUUGGAUUACCACCCAAAAGUGUCACGAAAAGACCACAGCAACCGAAACAGCAACCUUCGUUAAUGAAAACUAUUCUGACGAACAACAGAAUGUCGCAGCAACAGCAUCAACAACAACAACCUUUGUCUAUGCCUCCGAUCGCACCAAAUCAAAUACAGCAGCGACAUCAACAGCAAGUGUCACCUCAAAUCGCACAAGGAGCAGCAUCUCAACAACCGACGGAGAGGAAAAAAGACAAAAAGAAAGUGUUCCUUUGCUCUCCUUGUGGAACGCACUACGAAAACUGGAAUCUAUUCAAACAUAUGCGAGAGGUGCACAAAAAGUAUAUCUGUCUGUAUUGCUUGGGAAUCUUCCAAAGCGCCGAAAGGCUAGUGAAUCAUCUCGAGGCCAAGCAUCAAGUGCGAAAGAAGCACGUUUCGAGUAUAGAUGAAUAUCAGCAGCAACAGUCAAAUACGGAUGGCAAUAAAUCGCUGUACUUGAUGUGUGCACGCUGCGAACAUAUUUUCGAAAAAACUUCAUCCACUGACGGAGAAGCUAUUGUUCAACACAAUUGUGCGGACUAUAUGGAGAAAUGCGAAAACUGUGGGUGCUUCAAACAAUCCAAACACAAGUGCGACAAAAAAGCGGAACAAGCGGGAAAUGUAAGCCUUCCACCGCAGGAAACAGCUAGGCAACUGGGCAACAGUCAUGCCAGUAGAUUUAGCUCCAUCAACCAUAUGAAGAGCGGGGGUAAAUUUAAUCUUAACAACAACUACAACAGUAGUACUAUUAAUAGUUCAGCAGCUGUGAUGUACAAUUAUGAUAAUCAAGCAAAAAUGAGCAAUGGUAGUCACGAUAGCCCGCAGUUCACUAAAACUCUGACAGGUAUAGGACAACAAAAGGUCCACAACAAGAGUGGAUCUAACAAGAAAGCUAGAUUUUCCCAGCAACAGAAAAAUGCCGAUUUGACGAGUCCACUCAAUAUAAACACUCAAUCGUUGCUGAACUUUCAUCCGCAAGCAAAUCAAACCCUUGCAUCUGUUAGUGGUGCCUUCAGUAGUCCCAUUCUACAGUCUCAGCUGAUGAAACCUUUAGAAGCGGCGGCACAACUCCCCAACAAGAUUCCGACCACGUAUCCUACAGAUAUCCUACACCAGCAGUCGUUGGAAUCCCCUAUCACGCAGCAUCAUCAGCCUAACCUCCUUCAUCAUCCUCCACAAUUGACGACGGAAAUGCAACAUUCGGCGCAAAAGCUCAAUUUUGAUCAAAUCACAACUCUGUCCACUAUACCCGCCAGCUUAUUGAACGUAAGAGAGCCCCCAACGGAAUUACCUCCCGUCCCAGAAUUGCCAGUCCCUGAGCCACCCGCUCAUACAGAACAUCAGCAGGAACAAGAGCAAGAAGAAGUUUCGCGACCUCCACUGGUGCCGAAGCUGAAGGUGAGGAUCCCCAAGCAGUUUUGUACCCCACUGGAAAGUGAGGAAUCGUCGACGGAGAGUGACUACGAUGAAGAAGAACCCGACGAUCAGGAGGAAGAUGACGAAGAGGAGGCGCAAGAUAGCGAUGGAAAGGCACAUAGAACUGAAGAAGCAAUGGCACACAGUCCUGUUACCAGCGUAUCGGGGCAGAACCACCGAGUCGAGGAAGACAUCAAGCUGGAUCCCGUCGAAAUGGACAUAGAAGAGGAAGGUGAACGGCAGCCUGUAAAUCUCCCGCCGGAGAUGGGUCCAGCUCCAAUGCCGGAGGGCCAUGAGCGGGACAACGAUCGACAGUCUCUCUUAGCAGCAGUGGUAGCAGCAGAACCCAUGGUCGUUGAUGAACCCCAGGAAUCGCUUCCACCUGUGGCAGCAGAUCAUCAAACAGAAAAAGUUCCACUGUCAACACCCGAACGAACACGAGGGCAAUACUUACCGUCGCCGUCGCCAUUAUCCGAACCGGAACAACCGAAGGACGACAUCUUGGUGGCGAACGAAGAUGCUCAGCUGUUCGAAUUGACCCUGGAUGAACCUCUGGACAAAAUCCACAUACGAGAAUUUAUCAAAGUUUGUUUGCGGUCAACCUUCCCGUUUUGUUUGUACUGUAAUCAUGCGAGGAGGAUAGCGGUCAACGGCAAAAAUCUGGCGUUGCAUUUGGUUGCGACGCACCGCUUCCAGGCCACAGUGAAUAGCAUCACAGCCGAAGAAUUGCUGCCGGCUACUAUUGUGCAACGUUUUCGAUUCUGCUUGGACGAACUGGAACCGCUUUAUUUCAACCUGGAAACGUUCGACAGCAGCUGGACGCCUGAAGAGAAGGCAGUGACCUACCCGAAGCAGUUCGAGUGCUUCCAGUGUCGAUUUAUGACACAGAUUCACAAGGAGCUCUAUCUGCACAACCGUAAAAUGCAUCAGAAAGCACUGUCAAUAUGCUUGAUGUGUCGAGCGAACUUUUUCAGCUACAGUGAACUGCUGUGCCACAUGUGUCCAGGGGUUCCAAAUCACACGCUGGCGAUGGAUUAUUCGUUCCGGUGUAGUUUGUGUAACAUAGACGGAAUCCCAUCGGCAUUCCGACUGAUGGUACAUCUGCGAAAGCGUCAUUUUGCUUGCGACGUUUGUUUAGAGCAAUGUUCGGAACAGGGAGCGCUAUCAAAUCAUGUUUGGAAGCACAAACUACACCAUCUGUGUUAUCGUUGUGGUAUUGCGUACCGCAACAAGGCGGAUAUUCUAAAGCAUCUGUUCUGGAAACACGGCACAGAAGGAGUGCUGUGCAAGCGAUGUCUGCAGAAAAAAUGGCCCCAUGUUUAUCAUUUCUGUGUGCCGCCUGCGCAAUUCAUUUGCGACGUGUGUCACAUGGGUUUCCGGAAGUCACUCGCACUGAAGGUACACCAAAGGCUGCACAACGGUGAGGAGAAGUAUCCGUGCAAUGAGGACGGUUGUGAGAAAAAGUUCAUCUCGAAGAAACUUUUGCUGAAACAUGUCCAGCGGCAUUACGAACCACCUCCUCCGUCUCCGUCGAAGGAAACGGAACCAUCUACACCUGAAUCGAAGAAGGAGGUGAUAAACCUCAAUGUGGAAUCUGGGGUGGUGAAAGAGGAGAGUGUAGUGAAGCAAGAACCCGAUGACCAGCGGAUCAAAACAGAAGUCAAAGAGGAAGACAAACCUGGAGAAAGCACCGGUAAUACGGAAGAGACACCUCGGAAAAAAAAGAAAAAGCGAUCGAAAGAGGAUCAUGAUAAAUCAAUGGUUGAUUUGUUGAAUGUGCCAGCGUUGAAUCUGUCCGAGAGUGAUAGUAGCGAUGGGUCGGAUGCUGAGAAUUCGAUCGCAAGCAGCAAGAGGUUCCCAUCUGCCCCGGCCACCGUCCGGGGUGACAAUUCGGAAGACGAGGCAAGUAGGGCUAAAGAGGAUAAUGAAAAUGAACCAGACAAAUCGGGUACGGAUCAAAUCGUUAAUAUCUGGAAUAAUUUCAAAAACUAUCAGGCUAGUCGAACCAACAGCAGACGAACCUCAGUGGCUGAUGAAAUCACUGAGGAACAGUUUGUGGAAAAAAUGUUGAGGAGUAAAAUUUUACACGUUAGCCAAUCUGAUCAUGAUUAUUGUUUCAUGUACAAAAAAAUAUAUCCGGAGGUGAAGGCGGGUGCUGCCGGAGAUACCAUUGUCAUCGACGACGAUGGUAACAUGGAAAAGACAAAACGACAAGAGUCGUUAUUGAAGAGUUCCUCGAGAACCGGUAGUCCUUCUAAGAAACUAAAAUCUCCAAGAAAAAGAAAGGCCUCGAAAAGUGGCUCCGACUCAUCUUCCAGUGAUAGUGGUAGUGGUUCUGAUUCCAGCUGUGAAUGUGGUUCAAAUUGUAGCUGCAGUUCUAGUAGUUCCGGUAGUAGCACUUCCAGUUCGGAUGAUUCCGACAGCUCCACAGAGAAUAAGGGGAAAUUGAAAGAAACGAAAACUAAAGACAAAAAUAAUAAAUCUUCUGAAGAACCAAAGCACAAUGCGUCACCAGCAAGAUUUUCCCCACCCCCACCCGAGGAAGAACCCGUUGCUCCACCGGAACCAGUUGAUCCAGAUACUAUCAUACACGAAUCUGAUUUGGAAACAGAUGAAUCAGAAACCGACGAAGAAUUUUAUGAUGAGCAUCCGCAGAAGCUGGCAAAUCAGUUACUGGCGGAAAAACGGCGACAACUCCUCCAACAGACGUGUAUGAGUCCUUUGAAUAGUAUGGGUAUUGUUGAGAAUAGUCGACCAUCGACACCUUCUCUGCCGGAAGAAAUGGUAGCGAAGAAAAAAAUUAAGCUAAAGAAAAAGAAACGUGAGCGAAAGGUACCCAAAAGGAUUCCCCCACCCUUGAUGCUAACAAACGAGCCCAGUUCUAACAUUCCACCUCCAAUAAAUCUAAAUCAUUUGGAUUUAUUUACACCAGCCCCCAUUAUUUCGACCAUGCCACUGACCGCACCGCCAGUACUACCAGCAAUGGAUACUUUCCCAGUUACCACUGCUAUGGCUAUUCCUGAGAGCAUGAUGAUGGUUCCUGCCCCAAACACACCGUUGUCUGCUCCUAUCACUGGGUCACUUUCUCGAAUCGAAACGCCAAGGCUCAGCACCGGGAACAGCUCGGAGUCGGACGUUCCUCUGAAACGAUCACAGCGUAGUCGUAAACCAAAUAAAUUUUACGGUUACACAAGUGACGACGAAACUCCGCCUCUGAUGAAUCCACUGGCUUCGAAAAAUCCAGAAAAAUCUAUUCUUUCUGUAAUGAAACCAACACCACCUCCGAAUUUAGUCUGGAGCAAAGAAGACCUUCCGUCGCCUCCAAGUAUGAAGAGCAAAGGAUCGAAACUGAAACAAACAGAUCACAGCACUCCGGUUUCGUCCAGAGUGCCACCCUCUGCUGUCACCCCAACCCAACCUCUACCACCACAACGUACUGAUCCUGCUCGAAUACCCAUGGUCACCUCCACUCAUUCGAUCGCGCCCACCAUGAUAAAUGCUGCACCACAACGGAACGAUCAUGAGAGCGAUUCUAGCCAAGAAGACACAUCUCUCCAAGCCAAUCAUAGACCAAUCAAAACUCACCUGUUUGCAACGACACCUCCUUCCGUACAACCCCAACCGCUGCCCCCGCUUCCCAAACUUAAACUAUCCCUCUCGAAGAAAAUUUCCGCCAAAGGCGGAGGAACUCCCAAAACGCCAUCGUCUGGACGAAAGCGUGGACCUUCCAAAAACAAAACUCCGAAAUCAGCGCCACCGGUGCCUGUGGCAAUGCCGAAGACGCGACCCGAGCUACCAUCAACAGCAGCAGCUGCUGCUGCUGUAUCUGCUCCACCUUUCCGGCCCCCCAUCGUUGAUCCGAUAGCACCGAAAGUUCCGCCGAUUGGAUCUUUUCCCAGCAUUCACACGGAGUUCUUCCCGCCCAACCAAAUCCGUAUUCCCGCCGGCUGGAGACCGCCGCGAGAGGGGGAAUCUGUGUACUGCUACUGUCGCUGUCCGUACGAUGAGGUUUCGGAGAUGAUAGCUUGCGACGGAGACAACUGCCGAAUAGAGUGGUUCCACUUCGAGUGUGUUGGCAUUAUUAUGCCCCCCAAGGGCAAGUGGUUCUGCCCGGAGUGUAAGAUGAAGCAAUUGGGUGGGAUAGAAGCUGCUGGCGGUUCGACUGUGACUUCCGGAGCAAGUGCGCCCUUUCACGACGAUUCGCUUGAUUCUAGUUAAGAUUCUAUGAGAGUAAGACGUUACAAUACUGCAGGAGCAGUUCAAAUUUACAUGAAUUCGGGGUUUACUUUGAACUUACAGUAUCUCGUAUUUACGACGGCUUGAGUAACAAACAAAAUUAUGAUAAUGCAACAUGGAAUGAAAUUGCACCUGAACGCAAUUUUUUUGUGGUCAUCUCUAUGAUAAAUAUAUUUGUGUCAUUACUGGAA